AUGCCACAAAUUGCAGCAGAAGUUUUCAUAAAUUCAAUAUUCAUAGUUUAUUUUCUUUCCAUCGUAGGAAAAACCUACAUGCAAGUUUGUUGUAAGAAGGAUCCCAAAGCCAAGGUUGACAAGAAAAAGCUCAAGUUCUUGCCUCGUCGAUAUGGGGAUCUCUCUCUAACUUACGAUGUGCUUCAAGCCUACUCCAGCAGCUACGAGGCCCAAGUUACUAUUGAUAACAUCAAUCCAUUAGGCCGGCUUGAUCACUGGAACUUAACCUGGGAAUGGAUGAAUGGAGAGUUUAUUUCCACCAUGAAAGGAGCCUACACUCACAAAAGAGACUAUUCCGAGUGCAUUUACGGUCCUGCAGGAAAAUAUUACAAAGAUUUAGACUUCUCCACUAUUAUGAACUGUGACAAAAAGCCGGUCAUCUCAGAUCUUCCUGCGGAUAGAAAAAAUGAUUCACAAGUUGGGAGGUUGCCGUACUGUUGUAGAAAUGGUACCCUUUUGCCAGCUAUAAUGGAUGAGAGCAAGGCAAGAUCCAUAUUCCAAUUGCAAGUCUACAAAAUGCCUCCUUUCUUGAACAGAACUGCUCUUGUACCACCCGAGAAAUGGAAGAUUGAUGGAGUUGUCAAUCCUCAAUACAAGUGUGGCGCUCCAAUCAGAGUAGACCCAUCAGAAUUUCCAGAUCCAAGCGGACUAAAUUCUAAAACUUAUGCUAUAGCAAGUUGGCAAGUAACUUGCAACAUAACGCGUCCGAAGGAGAAACUUGCGCGAUGCUGUGUUUCUUUUUCUGCUUAUUACAAUAGAUCUGCCAUUCCCUGCAAUACUUGUGCCUGUGGCUGUGAUGAUAAUAAAGGUUGCAGCCAGACUGCAAGAGCAAUGCUUCUCCCAACAGAGAGUCUUCUUCUGCCUUUUGAAAACAGGACUAAAAAGGCAUUAGCAUGGGCUGAUCUCCAUAAAUUCAAAGUUCCAAACCCAAGACCUUGUCCUGAUAAUUGUCCAGUUAGCAUCAAUUGGCAUAUUGACUCUGAUCACAACACUGGAUGGACUGCUAGUGUCACUCUUUUCAACUGGGAUGAUUCUGUUUUCGAGGAUUGGUUUGCUGCAAUCCAAAUAGACAAAGCCUACAGGGGCCUUGAAGGAGUGUAUUCCUUCAACGGAACCAAGUUUGACAACCUCAACAGAACUAUCUUCCUUCAAGGCCUACCAGGUUUGAAUUUCUUGAUGGGAGAGGUAAAUGGCACUAGAAAAGGAGAUCCAAGGAUUCCUGGAAAGCAACAAACUAAGAUAUCAUUUACCAAAAAACAUACUCCAGGCAUAAAUAUACCACGAGGCGAUGGGUUUCCCACAAGAAUACUUUUCAAUGGAGAAGAGUGUGCGCUGCCUACGCAAAUCCCCCGAUCUAGUGCAGAGCAAAAAUCUCAUUUUAAGUUCCUCACAGUCAUAAUCAUGGCAAUCAUGACUUUCAUUCUGAUCUCCAUAAAGGCUAACAGGAACCACUUUCUUGCUCAUGACACAACUUUUCUGCCUCAGCAGCGGAGCAGGAAGAAGACUGCAGCUUUCAGUGGACAAGAAAUGGAGCAUGAUGCAACAAUGAGUUCAGGGCCUGUAUCUAUUAAAGUUGAUUAUCAAAGGAAGAUGGAGACAUUCUAA